AUUCAUUAGAAGUGCAAAGAAAAACUUACAUCUCAACUCAAUUAAAUUUACUUACAUCUCAACUCAAUUAAAUUUGAUCUCUCAACAAUCAUAUUUAGUACCUCUCUUUUUGGGCUGCACAAAAUAUAAUAGCCGUUGUUGCGCGAACUUGAAGUUGACUAGAAUAUUGGUGUCUUCUAUGAAAAGAUAGACCCACAAGACCUACAUGCUCCAGGAAAAAGAUUUUUAAAAUAUUCUGGAAUUGUUUAAGGCACCCUAUGGAUUGCUACCACACCCUCGUGAAAAACUAAAAAUGCCUCCGAAUUUUAGAGAUGCAUAUCCGAAUGCACCACAAACAAAUUUGUUCCUGUAUCAGACCCUAAAGCUAUGUUAUAAACAACUACGGAGAUGCAUCUUCGUAUACCUUAAGGAGAUGCAUAUCACCACCAAAAUACCUUAAGGAGAUGCAUAUCCUGACGCUUCUCAAAAUACUCUCUUAAACUCUACCUCUCAACUCUCAAAAUAUCUAACUCACAUUCUCUCAAAAUCAUUCAACUUAUUUCAAAUCCUAUUAACAUCAAAAUGAUCAAAUAGCUCAUUCAACAUCAAACAUAACUCACAUUUAGUAAUGUAAUACGGUGAACUGACUUUAUCGAAAUGUCGCGGUAAGCAAGAGUCGCCACCGACUUUUAUUUUAUCCAAUUGGAAAGGCAAAAAGAACAGGAAAGACCUUUGAAAGAUUUUGAGUUCGGGGGUAGGUUAUACAAAGGGAAGGUGUAAGGCACCCUUUGCAUCCAUGGUUAUCCAUGGGCUCUUAAUUGCUUAGCUCACUUGUUUGUUUGAAUUGUUUGAAAAGUGUCGUGUGUGAAUAGUAAAAACUUUGUUAAGGACUUUAACUUGUAAAUAAGCGUAGCCUUGUUUUGAAAUUUUUUGAAAGAAGGUGUGAAAAGCGUUUGAUUUUUGAAUUGAUUGUGAGCAAGCAAUUAAGAACUACCUACCCUAAGUAUGUCUUUUGUGUUCUUUAAGUCUUUCGGGUGAAAGAGUCUAUCCAUACCAUGAGAGGGAAGGAAGUCUUUCAAUUGGAUGUACGGGUCAUCGAAGGGUCAUCGAGAGGUAUCGUUUGCCACAAGACUGUCCCUACCAUAGAGAGGGCAGGUAGUCUCGGGGAAGGAUAUAAUAGUCAUUUAGGCAACAGUAAGGAUACCUUAGCAAUCGAAGGGACUAUCAUCAUUUAUCGAGGCAACAUCGAGGGACGAGAUCAUUUUAUUCGUAGGCAACUCGAAGGGACUAUGAUCUUUUAUCGAAGGGACUAUGAUGACUUGAAUUUGUAUGCAGCAUGUGCUAAGGUAUCCCUACGCUCGAAGGGACUUGACUAUUUGAUCGAGAAGGCAGCAUAAGAGGUGUUACCUUAAAGGUGAGUGUAUGCACCAAUCACGUGAGUUCAGUUCGAAUAUUUAUCUUUGAGUUAUGAUUAGCUAGCGAUUGAUUAACUAUCUUGUCACUCCCUAUUUACUAACCACGCAGUCAAUAUCAUGCAGAAAAUAAAUUGCGGAAAGUAAAUAUCCUACGCUAUUACAAGGCUUCGGGAUUAGGGGAUACAUAACCAAAACCGGGGGAUGCGAAAAGUAAAAGUGCGGGAAAGUAAAACCUUAAUUACUAUUACAUCCAAAAAUGUGCAACCUAUACACCUUCUAGAAUUUAAAAGACAGAAAUUAAAUAAUUUAAAUAAAUAAUUAAAUAACAGCAUAAUUAAAUAAAAGACAGAAUUUAAACAAUCAUGCGACAUUCAAGAGUUUUGAGAUGAGAAGAGAAUCGUGGCUUUGAAAGAAAAUUCAAUUUGAUUACAAACGGGUAAGCCUAAACCCUUGGGGCUAAAAACCUAAGGGUAAAAUCGUAGUUGACGGACAACACCUACCAAAAUAUGUGAUCUUUUAGGGAAAAGAUAAGUGAUGAAACCUAAAAUCAGGCUAAAAUGAAUUAUUGAUCUGAAAACCCUAAUUUGAUUAAAUUAGUCUAAGCCUAAAUUUUAUAUUAUUAAUUAGACCUAAAUUCAAUUAUUUAACUAACUUAAAUCAUUAACCUAAGAAAUAAAUAAAUUUGUUUUUUAUUGUUUUUAGAAAGAAGAAAAGGAAAAGGUUUUUCUUAAAAAAGGAUUUUUUAAUUGGCUAAAAAAAACAAAACAAAUUAUAAUAUAAACAAGUAAAUAAAUAAGAAAAAUAUUAACAAAACCUGGCUCUGAUCGCGUGCGAUGCGUCCUGUAGGGUCUAUGGUGUGCUGCAGAUUCUAUGGGCGUUGGAUCCAUAUUCAAAGUCAUCCAACAGCCUUGAAAUGAAGGUGCAUCGUAGGCUCCCCUAAGUGACGAACACAUAUCCUGUAGCUUAAUUCAAAAGAAAAGAAUUUGUAAGGAUGAGGGAAUCGAACCCCUGCCUCUUCAGUCACGUGAACGACUCGCUUGCCAGAUGGGCCGUCACUUUCAUCUGCCAAUACAACACACAUUAAUAAAUAAAAUGAAACACAAGUACCUAACCCAGCAGUCAACGUGGGCCCCAGGAGAGUUCGUUGUGUCCAAUCAUGAAUGGGAUGGGGAUUCAGACUUUUUGACCAACCAAUGGUCUCGUCACACGCAUGCGGAGAGAUAACAGACUUAUUGACUAACGAAUCAGGGAGAUGGGAUCUGCCACGCGUGCUGCACCUGCGACCUUCAAGCCACCGCCGGCGAUAACCCUUCAUCUUCUCCGGCAAGGGUUUUUUAAAACCUGCAAAAUCACACCAACACGAACGAAAAACUAACCCAGAUCUACUAACUAGCUUGCUGCGAAUCCCAUGGUAUCUUCCUCUUGGUCUGAAACACACUGUAUCGUGGGCAUCUGAAGCUUUCCGACCUCGAGCCUCAUCAAUGGCAUGUCACGAUCUAUGGCCUCGGACUCCCAUGUGGCACGUUAAACCUGUACUAAUGAUCAUCAGGAACAUGUUAGAAUCAUCAUAUUUCGUUAAAACACAACAUAAUGAACAUAACAAAUUUUCAAAACCAAAUGAUGAAGAUAAUUAUGGAAAACUGUGUUCCGUGGGCAGCAACAUCUGCUUCUUGAUCAUAAUUCAUUCUUUGAGGUCUCAGGGUGAGAUUGGGACGGUAUUAGAUGCCUGCAACUUGAUAUGGAAGGAAUUCUCUUGUGCCCUAGAUCUUGUGGUUUUUGUAACUUUGAAACCCUUAGAGUGUGUUUGGAUGAGGUAAUUAGAAAUUUUAAAGUAAUUUAAAAUUCAAAGCAAUUCAAAUGAUUCAAUUCAAAUCCAUUCAUUUUUAAAUGGGUUAAAUAAGUUUUUAGUCCCUGUAAAUAUGGCACUUUCCAGUUUUAGUCCCUACAAAAAUUUCCUUCGAACUUUGGUCCCUGUAAGUUUUUCCGUCCCCAUUAAGAGUCCCUCCCGUUAGAUUCCACUAACGGAGGGUGACGUGUAACGCAUACGUGGAUAUUAUUUCUUUCUGAUUUGCCAGCGUGGAAAUGAUAAGGGUUAAAUCUCUUAAACAAAAUCUCACCCACAGAUUAAGUCUUUCUUUUUCACUGAAGCUCUCCUCUUUUCAACUGCAAACCCUAGAUAACACUUCUCUCUUCCAACUUCCAUCGUGGUCCCAACAACCUAGACAAGAAGAAUCAUUGUGGUCCUAAAACGAAGCAUCUUGUGGUCCCAAAACGAAGCAUCUUGUGGUCCCAAAACGAAGCAUAUUGGAGCUGAGUCGUUCGUUCUCUUUUCCGUGGACCAGGUAUGUGAAUGGUUCAUCUUUCUUAGACUUUUUGCUAUUUUCUAAUCAUAGUGGUUGUUAAACAAACAUUAACUACUAUAGGACAAAGAUUUUGAUUAUUUAGUCGUAUCUGUUGAGUACAGCAUAUGUACUUUAUCUGUCGUUUUUUGUUGCCCUAGUUAGAAAAUGAAUUAAGUAUUGUGUUUCCCUAGUUAGAAAAUGAAUUAAGUAUUGUGUUGACCUAACAGGAAAUGUCUAAGUUUAAAGUUAUUUUCUACACAAGGGGCAAGUUUGUAAAAGACCCUGAACUGAAAUACAAUGGUGGGGACAUGUAUGCUUUUAGUGGUCAAGAUAGUGACUAUUGGUCUUUCUUUGAGGCCUGUGAUUUAGUUAAGAGUAUUGACCCUGAAUUUGAUUUUGAGAGGGUUAAGAUGUGGUGGAAACAUGAAGCAGGAUCAUUUGAAGCUGAUUUAAAUCCAUUCAGAGAUGAUGGAGAUUCUGCUGAGUUGGCUGCUUAUGCUGUUGGUCAUGGAGCUGAAGUUGAGAUAUAUUGUGAGCCAAAACCAGAUGAAGGAGAGCUGACUUUUAUGGAAUCUGUUAGGCAAAAAGGGAAGGGUAAGGCUUGUGCAUCAGAGAAGGAACCAUUACAUGAAUGCAGUGGAGAUUCAAGUGAUGAGAGUAUCAAGGAUGUACACUUUGAUGACAGUGAGGAAGAAAGGAUGAAUGGGUUUGAAGAUGACUUUGAGGAACUAGUGGGUGUAGGUAAAACUAGUGAAGUCAGGAGUCCACCUGUUACAAACAAUGCUGUCCCUAAUGAAACAGACAAUAACAUAUUUAUUACAGAUGAGAUGGGCAAGGCACAUGUAAUUGAGGAGGAAUACAUGACAGAUGAAUUGGACAGUGGAGCUGAUGAUGAUAGUGGUGAUGACAGACCAUGUGUUAUAAGGUUCAAUGCAGAAGAAUCUUUCACAAAAGAUUUUGUUUUUAAAGUUGGAAUGGAGUUUCGUUCACUUAAGCAGUUUAAAGAUGCUAUACUAGAGCACAAUGUUCUUAAUGGGAGGGAAGUUAAGUUUGUAAAGAAUGAUGCCAAUAGAUGUAGGGUUGUAUGUAAGGAUAAGGAGAAGUGUGAUUACACUGUGUUAUGUAGUAGAGUCCUAACAUCCACUACUUUUAGGAUUAAAACCUUGUAUUCUAAGCACAAGUGUGGAAGACAGUUCUUUAAUAGAUGUGCUAAAGCUGAUUGGGUGGCUAAGGUCAUUGUUGAUGGGUUGAAGAACAACACAAAGAUGAAGUUGAAUGAUGUGGUGGCAGAUGUUAGGCUUAGAUAUGCAACAGAAAUUCCAGGUUGUAGGGCAUUCAAGGCAAGGCAGAUUGCUAGACAGAUUGUGGAAGGUGACUCUAGUCAGCAAUUCAACCUCCUUUGGUCUUAUGGUGCUGAGUUAAGAAGGGCAUCCCCAGGGAAUACAUUCAAACUCAAUACAACAUGUGCUGGUGAAGGGUUAAAUCCAAGAUUUGAGAAGUGUUAUAUGUGUUUUGAUGGGACUAAGAUGGCAUUAAAAAAAGCAUGUAGACCUUUCAUUGGAUUGGAUGGAUGUCACUUGAAGCAUAAAUAUGGUGGAAUUCUGCUCAUUGCUGUAGGAAGAGAUCCAAAUGAUCAGUACUUGCCAAUUGCAUUUGCAGUUGUAGAAAAUGAAUCAAAGGACACUUGGAGCUGGUUCAUGAAGUUGUUGUUGGAAGAUAUUGGUGAUGGAAGAUGGUGUUUUAUCUCUGACCAGCAAAAGGGUCUGGUCAAUGUGUUUGAUGAGGAGUAUCCUUCCUUUGAGCAUAGAUUCUGUUUAAGGCAUCUUUAUGCUAACUUCAAAAAGAAGUUUGGUGGAGGGACAUUGUUUAGGGAUCUAAUGAUGGCUGCUGCUAAGGCAACUUAUUAUGAGGCACAUGAGGCAAAGAUGCUCAUGAUCAAGGAAGCAAAUGUGGAUGCUUAUGAGUGGCUGCAGGCAAUCCCCAAACACAAAUGGUGUAAGCAUGCAUUUCCUUUCUACUCAAAAUGUGAUGUUUUAAUGAAUAAUCUUAGUGAAUCAUUUAAUGCUACCAUACUUUUGCAAAGAGACAAACCAAUUAUAACAAUGUUUGAGUGGAUCAGAAACUACUUGAUGGGUAGGUUUGCAACACUUAGGGAAAAGGUGAAUGCUUAUAAGGGUUAUGUAAUGACCAAACCAUUAAGGAGACUAGAUAGAGAAAUAGAGAAAAGUGCUAGUUGGACAGCUACGUAUGCUGGUAGGUUAACAUUUCAGGUAACACAUGUGCUUUUCACUGAUAGCUUUGUAGUGGACCUAGAAAAACACACUUGUUCAUGUAACUAUUGGGAGUUGAUUGGGAUACCAUGUAGGCAUGCUGUAGCAGCCAUUCAUAGGAAAGUUGAUGACCCAGUUAAGUAUGUGCACAAAUGUUAUCUUAGGACCACUUAUGAACACUGUUAUAGUGAGGUGAUAACACCUUUGAAUGGGCAAAAUAAGUGGCCUAAGACAGCACAUCCUAUUAUCAUGCCACCAUUGUUCAAACGUGGCCCAGGGAGGCCCAAAAAACUACGCAGGAGAGAACCUGAUGAGGCAAAUCAAACCAAGUGGCAAAGAACAAAUACAUCCCACAGAUGCAAGAUAUGCUUUGUACUAGGUCAUAACAAGAGGACCUGCAAGAAAAAUAAGCAAAUAGUUGUUGUAUCUGCUGCAAGAACAUCACAAGAGGCUCCAACACAAGAUGCUCCAACACAAGAGGCUCCAACACAAGAUGCUCCAACACAAGAGGCUCCAACACAAGAGGCUCCAACACAAGAGGCUCCUACUCAGGCUAGUCAAACAAGCAAAAAAAGGGGGAGGCCUACAGGGUCUAUCAACAAGAAAAAGAAAGAUAAAGUGGCACCCAAGACAAAAAAAUCUAAGACUGUUGAACCAGAAUGUGAUGUAGCUGCAAAUGCUGUUCCUGAUGCAGUUCCUGAAAAGGAUGAUGUCCAAGCUGAUAUUCCUAUGCAAGAUGAUGUUCCAGUUCCUGAUUCUGUUCCUGAAAAGGCUGAUGUACAAGCUGAUAUCCCUGUGCAAGAUGCUGACCCUGUUCAAGAUGAUGUUCAAGAUGCUGUCCCUGUACAAGAUGAUGUUCAAGAUGCUCCCAAUACUGACAUCAAUGAUUCACAGUCGUCUCUUAAAAAGUAUUGUGGUAUAGAUGCUGAAACAUUGGCUAAGAUUCUUGAUGAUGAUGAAAUUCUAGAUGUUCAACCAUUGAAUGUUGACACAUCUCCUGUGAAAAGAACAGUCAAAACUUUUGUUGGUAAAGCUCCAAAGGUGGUCAAGAAAACUUCCAAAUCCACUGCUUCUUCUUCAUCCAGGCCAACAUGUUCAGAACCUGUCAAAAAACCAAUCCAGAAGCAUAAGCCCAAGAAGAUUGUUGAUAUGGGUGUUCAAAAAAGGCAGAGUGACAGACUUAGGACCAUAAAAACAAAGAAUAUACCUGGCCCUGGAAAGAAGCCUGAUGACCCUUUGGUCAUUUAUGAAGAUGAAGCAACCUCAGACCAAUCCAAGGGUGGGAAGCAGUCAGAAGAUUGGGAGGCCAUUUGCAAAAGGAUGACUCAGUAGGAUGACUUAGUGAUGCCAUGUUGUUUAGUUUGAAUGAACUCAGUAGGAAAAAUGUUAUGAUUGUAAUGUUAGUGAGGCUAGUCCUCUAACUAUUUUCAUGUUACUGCUAUCUGCCUUGUGUUUUGUGAACAUAUGUAUCAAAACUAAUGUUAUGUCAAUGGUUUUUUGUGCAAAUUUUGGAGACCAAUUAUAAGUCAUUAGUAGGUGACUUUAUAUGACAAGUACUGAUCAAAUUUUAUGGUCAAGUAUAUAUGUUUUACAGGUCGGUUUAAAGAUGAAUUAUAUGUCACUUUGAUGACACAUUUUAUAGUCAACUAUAUGUCAAAUUUUAUAGUAAAAUAUAGACAAAAUAUAGCCAAAUUAUAGACACAUAUAUGUCAACUGGUGUAAACAAAAAAACAGAUUAUAAUUGAAUGAGAAUAACUGAUACAACAUUAAUACAUAUUGGCCAUACAAAACACACUGAUACAACAAAACAUUACAUCCAACUCACAUUACAUCCAACUCAGAUUAACAAACAUUACAUUUAACUAAUUCAAAUUCAACAAAUUAACAAACAUUACAUUUAACUAAUUCAAAUUCAACAAUUAACAAACUCAGAUACUAAUUCAAAUUCAACAAUUAACAAACUCAGAUUUAGUACCAACAACAUUACAUCCAAAAUGAUCAUUCCAAACACUGAUUCAACAAUUACAUUUCCAUAGAAAAUACAAAUUGACUAUUACAGACACAACAAUACACCAAGUCUUCAUCUUUCCAUACACAACAUCUGACUUUAUCUUCACCUUCAAUUUCUUGUUCUUCUUCUGUGAAAUUUCGUACAACUCUCUCAUAGUUUCAAGAGAAAUUGAUACCUCCUUCAUCUUGCUCUCAUGAUCUGACAUUUCGUGAACACCGGUUCGUUGAGCAAUAUCAUCAUCCCAUAUAAAUAAGUUACAAGUUUCAUCACCUUGCCAAAAUGGACAUCUCCAAAACAGGCGCCCUUUGUUAGCUCCAUUCUUACAGUAAUACGAAAUCAUACGAGCAUCACACGCACAUCUCCUACCUGGACGUGUACUCACACUUGAUGAAGAUGUUGGCUUCGUUCUCCUAGACGAAGAUGACAUCGUGAGAUUGCAAGCGACGUAUUCAAUUGAGCGACUAACUCAAACGAAGCAAGAGAAGGAAGCCAAAGAAGGGAUUGUGAAAUUUGAGAGUGUGGAGAUGAAGAACGAAGCUGCAGAAGAAAUUAGGGUUAAAGUUUUUUCACGAUCCCCUUAUGUCUAAACACAAUUGUCCUACGUGUCACCAAUAAAAACAGCUGUAAAAAAAAAUUCACACCUUUGGCAUGACACGUCACCCUCCGUUAGUGGAAUCUAACGGGAGGGACUCUUAAUGGGGACGGAAAAACUUACAGGGACCAAAGUUCGAAGGAAAUUUUUGUAGGGACUAAAACUGAAAAGUGCCAUAUUUACAGGGACCUCAUACAUAUUUAACCCUUUUUAAAUUGUUUUG